GCCUGGAAAGUGGCGGAGCGCUCUGGAGAAGCCUGGACAGCCUCGCUCCCCCGCAGCCAGGUGCUACGGUCGGGAGUAAAGUGAGAGUCCGGCCGUCUUCGAGCGCCUGGGCCACGGCGGCGGCCCUGGGAGCAGAGGUGGAGCAACCCCAUUACUCUAAAGAUGAAAGGCUGGGGUUGGCUGGCCCUGCUUCUGGGGGCCCUGCUGGGAACUGCCUGGGCUCGGAGGAGCCAGGAUCUACAUUGUGGAGCUUGCAGGGCUCUGGUGGAUGAACUAGAGUGGGAAAUCGCCCAGGUGGAUCCCAAGAAGACCAUUCAGAUGGGCUCUUUCCGAAUCAAUCCAGAUGGCAGCCAGUCAGUGGUGGAGGUGCCUUAUGCUCGCUCAGAGGCCCACCUCACAGAGCUGCUAGAGGAGGUAUGUGACCGGAUGAAGGAGUAUGGGGAACAAAUUGACCCUUCCACCCACCGCAAGAACUACGUACGUGUAGUGGGCCGGAAUGGAGAAUCCAAUGAACUGGACCUACAGGGCAUCCGAAUUGAUUCAGACAUCAGUGGCACUCUCAAGUUUGCGUGUGAGAGCAUUGUGGAGGAAUAUGAGGAUGAACUCAUUGAAUUCUUUUCCCGAGAGGCUGACAAUGUUAAAGACAAACUUUGUAGUAAGCGAACAGAUCUAUGUGACCAUGCCCUGCACAUAUCGCAUGAUGAGCUAUGAACCACUGGAGCGGCCCAGACUGACAGGCUUGAUGGAUCACCCCCAGGAGGGGAAGAGGGUGGCAAUGCCUUUUAUAUUAUGUUUUUAUUGAAAUGAACUGAAAAAUUGUGAAACCAAAAGUA